UCUACAUCUCCAUACAACAGAAUGGACGCGCUGCUGAGCGAGCACAAGCGGCUCUCGACCAAGCAAAAGCAGACCACGCUGAAAACGCUGCAACAUCUUGACAAUGUCAUCAAGCAGCUCGAGCAGGCCAAGAGUCUGAUGCUCGUCGACCCCAACCCAGGCGCGGGGUCGGAUGCAAUGAUGAUGGAGACGUCCGACUCGGCGACCCCGACCCCGACUCUGACGACGACGAACGCUGCGCCAGUGCCGAGCGAGUCGCGGGAGCAGAUUGUCAAGUCGUUCGUGUUCAAGGCCAAGUCAGUCAAGGAAGCGUGCGACAAGGUCACGGAAGAGCAUCGCGACAUGCACGCGACCGUGUCUCGCUUUGGCAAGACGAUCGACAAGGCGUUCGUCACCGACAUUGACAAGUUUGCCAACCCGGCAGCGUUUGAAGGAGCUCAAGCGGCAUUGCUGAACGAAGUGAUUGCCAAGCAUUUGCUGCGCCAGGGUCAUUUUGCGGCCGCCGAAACAUUUAUUCGCGAGUCGGGAUUGACCUUGGAGCAGCCGCAACUUGGUCCAUUCAUUGAAAUGUACAACAUCAUGGAAGCUUUCAAACAGCAGGACUUGGCGCCAGCGCUUCGUUGGGCAAGCGAAAAUCGCCAGGCGUUGGAACGGAUUGGCAGCUCGCUGGAAUUCAAGCUGCACAAGCUGGAAUUUCUCCGUCGCCUGCAGAUUGAUCGUCGCGAUGCGCUGCAGUAUGCUCGUGUCCAGUUUGUGCCAUUUUCGCAUUCGCACUUGAACGAGGUGCAGCGGUUGAUGGGCUGUCUGUUGUACUAUGGUCGCGCGCCGCCAACGCCCUACAUGGAAUUGGUCGACUCGAUCCAUUGGACGGAAAUCGCGCAUGCGUUUACGCGCGACUGCUGCGCCAUGCUUGGCAUGACGUACGACAGUCCGUUGUUUGUCAGCUUCCUGGCCGGGUGCGCCGCUCUGCCAACUCUUUUGAAAAUGGCCUCCGUCAUGCAAGGCCGUGGCGCCAGUUCAACGCUGUGGACAAGCAAGGAUGAGCUUCCUGUCGAAAUUGAACUGGGCAAGGAUUCCCAAUUCCACUCAGUGUUUGCGUGCCCCGUGUCCCGCGAGCAGGCCUCUCCUGAAAAUCCGCCCAUGAUGAUGAAGUGUGGCCAUGUUGUGUGCAAGCUCUCGCUCGAGCGCCUCUCCAAGAACGGCGGGAGGUUCAAGUGUCCCUAUUGUCCCGUCGAGCAGACUCCAGCGGAUGCGCACAUUGUUCAUUUUUAGAGAUUGAUGAUGACCAACAUGCUGUGUUUGUGUUGUGAUGGGUGUAGUCAAAAAGGUAACUUUGUCAAGAUCAAAUCUUCAUCCUCAAAUCUUUGUGACUGUGUCGCUUUUGCUCUGAUCCUUUUCAAC